AUGGCGGAGGAGACCCGGGUCAUCUACCACCUGGAGGACCAGGAGACCCCCUACCUGAUCCGGAUCAACGUGCCCGCGCAGCGCGUCACCCUGGCGGACUUCAAACAGGUCGUGAACAAACCGAACGUCAAAUUUUUCUUCAAGUCCGUGGACGACGACUUCGGGGUCGUCAAAGAGGAGAUAAGCGAUGAUGAUGCCAGGCUGCCCUUUGUCAACGGACGAGUCGUUUGCUGGCUGGUGUCUUCAGAAACCUGUCAGUCAGAGUUCAGGGGUUCAGAUAUUCAGAUUGUAGCCACGCCCACUGACAUGGCUCCGCCCCACGUAGAGAGGACAGGUGGUAUUGGGGACUCGAGACCUCCGUCCUUCCAUGCUGCUGCUGUGAGUGGUCAGGAUGAGCUGCAGGGGUCAGAGGUCAAUCCUGCUGGCUGUCUCAAUGGCCAUGCCCACCAACCAUCUGAGCAGAGUGGGGCGGAGCCAGCAGGUGGAGGCGACAGCUCGUCAACCCAACAGAGCAGCCAAUUAGAGAUGACCAGUUUCUGCUCCUCUGAGGAAGACUCAGGAGGAAGGUUCAGCCAAUCAACAGGGCAGAGCAGCUCCUCACCGCGACUCAUCAGGCGACAACGCCGCCGCCACCGAAAACCCAAAACACAGCGAAUGGAGAGGUCUGUGUCUUUCAGCAGUGUCACUGACUCCACCAUGUCGCUCAACGUCAUCACUGUAACUCUGAACAUGGAGAGGUAUAACUUCCUGGGUAUCAGUAUUGUUGGUCAGAGUAACGACAGAGGAGAUGGAGGGAUUUAUAUCGGCUCCAUCAUGAAGGGAGGAGCAGUGGCAGCAGACGGACGGAUCGAACCCGGAGACAUGUUACUGCAGGUCAACGACAUCAACUUUGAGAACAUGAGUAAUGACGACGCUGUUCGAGUCCUGAGAGAGAUCGUUCACAAACCUGGUCCGGUGACGUUAACGGUGGCAAAGUGUUGGGAUCCAAACCCACGAGGCUGCUUCACAUUGCCAAGGAGCGAACCGGUCCGUCCGAUCGACCCCGCUGCCUGGGUGUCACACACCGCCGCCAUGACAGGAAGUCUCCUUCCACACUACAGUAUACAUGAAGAAAACCAUCUCAGCAUCCACAGCAACAUGACGGCUGUUGUCAAGGCGAUGGCCAAUUCUGAGUCCGGCCUGGAGGUUCGGGACCGGAUGUGGUUGAAGAUCACCAUCCCCAAUGCCUUCAUCGGUUCAGAUGUGGUGGACUGGCUCCAUCAUAACGUGGAAGGUUUCACUGACCGUCGCGAAGCUCGCAAGUACGCAGGAAACCUGCUGAAGGCCGGUUACAUCCGGCACACCGUCAACAAGGUGACCUUCUCUGAACAGUGCUACUACGUGUUCGGAGACCUCUGUGGAGAUCUGGGUGUGAUGUCUCUGCUGGACCACGAAGAAGCCUCCAGUCGAGGAGGAGGGUCGGACUGUGACCCGCUGGCUCCGUCUUCAGGUCCCCAGUGGCCCCCGGCCUUCCCCUACCAGUACCCCGUCCCUCACCCCUACAGCUCGCCUCCCCCACUGCACCAGCUGCCAGCCUGGGGAGGAGGAGGAGGAGGAGGAGGAAGUCAGCACAGUGAAGGUGAGAGAAGAACACGAAGCAGCGGAUCAAAGUGCAGUGACGGCCAGAAGGAGGGGGGAGGACGGAGCCAGUCGGAGUCCAACAAAGGUGAAGUGAGCGCUCCGCUUGACAAACGGCUGGUGGCCGAGACCCCCAGUGACGACAGUGCCCGGCGACCCGCGACCUCCUCCUCUGGUCUCCAUGGUAACAAAGACUCGCAGGAACCCCCGCCGGCCCCGUCGCCAUCGAGAAGUGAGCAACGCGACCUUUCUGCCUCCCGGCAGUCGUUCUGCCUGGCCAUGGGGAACCCCGGUGAUUUCUUUGUGGAUGUUAUGUGACCCUGUGAUGAUGAUGUCACUUCCUGUCCGGUGAUGGACCUGGAGGACUCAGAGAAGCUUCAUUUUCAUUCAGUAGCAAUUCAGACCACAGAAGAAGGGGGCUUAUUUAAGUACAUCCGACUACCUUAAAUGAUGCCGGGACGGAUCCAGAACAGGCUCCUGUCUGGCCUGGGAUCAGAUCAGGGUCCCCCAGGAGGGGCUGGACGAUGUGGCUGAGGAGGAGGAGGAGGAUGAAGACAAUGUGUCUGCUGCCUGUCCAGUGUGGACCAGUUUAACCAGUUUCUGCUGUACCCAGUUUGUCAGCCAAGAACUGCUGAUCUUACCAAAUGUCUGUACCUCACUGUUCAUCCAAUCCUUGUCCUCUGACACACCUGAUGUGAAACCUGACCCCCCCUUGAUCACAUGCUGAUCGUGUACAUUACUGUAUGUAAAUAUGAGAUUUGCCCUCGAUGGAUGAAGUGUGAUGGUGACAAACAGCCAGAUUAUCUUUUUAUUUAUGAGCAUAGUUUUAUUUUGU